CUGUGAUUGGUCGCAGGCAGCGGAGGCGUUUGAAAGAGUCGCCGCUGUCAGGGAGUGCGUGUUCCGCCGCUGCUGUGAUGACAAUAGUGCCGUAGAGAGAUGGAGCUAAACCCCGGUGUCGUGUUGAGGUUCCUGCCGCUGCUCCUGUGCGUGUUGUGCCGCUGUGAGUCCAGAGAGUCCGAGCACAACACGGUGACCUGCGGCUCCCUGCUCAAGCUGCUCAACACCAGGCACAACGUCCGCCUGCAUUCUCACGAUGUCAAAUAUGGCUCAGGCAGUGGUCAGCAGUCUGUGACCGGUGUGGAAAACGCCGAUGACGCCAACAGCUACUGGCAGAUUCGCGGGAAGCCGAACCGCCCGUGUCAGCGCGGCGUGGCCGUCAAGUGUGGCGAGGGGAUCCGCAUCACACACAUGAAGACCGGCCGGAACCUGCACACACACCACUUCAGCUCUCCACUGUCCAACAACCAGGAGGUCAGCGCCUUCGGGGAGAACGGCGAGGGCGACGACCUGGACGUGUGGUCGGUGCAGUGCGACGGCAUCCACUGGGAGCGCGACGACGCCGUGCGCUUCAAGCACGUGGGCACCGACGUGUUCCUGAGCGUGACGGGCGAACAGUACGGACACCCCAUCCGCGGCCAGCGCGAGGUCCACGGCAUGAGCUCGCCCGGCCCGCACAACUGGUGGCGAGCCAUGGAGGGCGUGUUCAUCCAGCCCAGCCAGGAGCUGCAGCGUCACGACGAGCUGUGAUGACACACGGAUCAUGUGACGCCUGGACUUGUGUGUGUGUGUGUGCGAAUGAAUGAAUGAAUGAAGAGUCUGUGGAGGUUUUCCAGUUCAAAUGGACCAAAACAACAUGAAUGAAUGAUGGAAAAACGUGAAGAACUCAGGGUGUUUGGAGACAAAGGGGGCGGGGUUUUACGUUCCUUAUCGCUUGACGACAAUUAGUGAUACUGUACGUAGAGAAUCCAAACGGUGUAUAUACUGUUUUCUUUCAUUAGAGACGCAACAUUGAAGCUAAAAUGACCAACUGGAUUAAUCACUGAAAUUGACAAAUAAAGGUUAAUAUAUACAUACA